AUGCCUUCCGAACGUUGUGCGCAUCGUCUGAGCGCCAGUAAGAAGAAUGAGAGAGUGGACAACAUCAUCAACUUCCUCAAAACUGCCCAACCUCAACAGGUGAGUGGAUAAAUCGACGAAAACCUUCAAAUGUUUCCCAAAAAAUCAAAUGAAACACAAAUUAUGUUGAUUGAUUUUUUUCAAGACUCGAAACUUUCAGAUUUCCACCAAGCUUCACGAUAUUUGGGGCAUACCGCAGUCGACAAUCACAGAAGCGCGAUUGCUUCUCACUCUGGGUAAGAUUUCAGUCAUAUUCCUAGAUUCUCUUGAAUCUUUAUUUCUUCAAAAAAAACUUUUAACUUCUAAUUAGAAUUAAUCACCGGCAAGUGGAAAACUGACUAGAAAUGAGUAAUUAAUGAAGUUAUCCUGGAAGCCAGGUGCUUCUCGAAUAAUAAUUAAUCAGCAGGUGUACUCAACUCACUGCUUUUUUUAAUUACUGAACUGAUAACCAUAGUUCUUUUUUUAAUUAAGAACUGGGAAAAAUUUUUUUCGUUUUUUUAUUUGGAGUACUUUUUCCAAAUUAAUUUCAAUUUAAUAAUAAACUUUUUUUUCGAAGCUUCAGCAGCCUGAAACCGUACAGAAAAACACGCUUUUCUAAAGAAAAAGUUUCUUAAAAAAAGAGGAAAAUGAAUAUUUUAGAGAAAAAUUUGCUCUAUCGGACAAAGCGAUCAUCGCCCAAAAUUAUUUUUUUAUAAUUAUUUUUUUGUUUUUCUGUUUUUUUAUUUUUUUCAUCAUCACGUUCUUAUGAGAUUCUCGAUUAGAAAUUUUAUUUGUUUUUGAUUAAAGUGCGAAUUUUUUUGGCCAAGAGUUUCCAAUUAUUGCAUGGGAUUUUUUUCACUAGAAGUUGAAAAAUUUCGUUUAUCUGUUAGAAUUGACUAAAAAGAUAAAAAUUUUUUUUGUUCAAUUUUCUCAAUUUCUUUCUUUUUAGGAGCCGAUCCGGCCAGUCUCUACGUUGACGACUACGGUAAGAAGACGUUGCGGGACCGAAUCGACAACGGGAGCGUUUGCGAUGAUUGCACCCAUAAAUGGAACGAUUUUCUGGAGUAUGCCUCAGCCAUAUACGAGGAGAUGAACGAGCAGGCGUGUUUCUAGCCAUUUUUUACUCUGGAACUUUCUGUGAACUUGCUCCAGCAAUUUCCUAGUUCUGGAGAAAUCAGAGCUUUUACCGGAUUUUGAUACUUUUCCCUAAAAUAACCGUGCUCCUAGGCUAUUCUAAAACUUUCAGACGCCGCUGAACAUCCCCAGAGGGAAACGGAUAGAAGGCGUCCUUCCGUUGUGUCUCGACGGCGGCGGGAUGCGAGGUCUCGUCUCCGUCGUGUGUCUCUUAUUCGCCUCCAAGAGACUUUUCGGCGACGAGUCCCUGCCUGACUACUUUGACUGGCUCAUUGGGACGAGGUACAAAAUGAUUGAUAUUUUAAAAAAGUUCUAUUUUUUGAGAAUCUUCGUUUCUUUUCAUUUCAUAGGCAAAGUCUUAAUGGCCCUUUUCUCCUUUUUUCAUCUUUUUCAAGGAUUUUUAGCCCAACAAGAAAGAAAGGCUCAAUAAAGGCCGUAAAACGGAACCCUUUUAGCGGCCUUUUUGAACCCGUUUUACGCACUUCCGUCUUUGACAGGGAUAGUCUGGUCAGAUUUUGAUAAGGAAACGCUCUCAUUGGUUUAUCACAUUAGGGGCGGAGCUUGAGCCUUGACUUGCAAAAUCUGAAUAGACUUUUUUUUGCAGUUUUUUGUCCAAAAUUUUCCAAGAAAGUAGAGGAAACUACAAUCUUGGUAACGCGAUAUUUUGCUUCCUGAAAUUGUAGCCUUUGUUAAGGAGAACCCAUUCUCUUCAAUUUGUAUCUUGAAUUGCUAGCCCACGCGCUACAAAGUGAACGGGAUAAAGGAAAAAUAUAAGGAAAAUUUUUAAAUAAUGGAUUUAGCCACAAGGAGGGUCAUAUUAAGAGUAUUUUCUGAAAGUUGGCCAGGAGACUCGAUGUAUUGAAAGAAGAUUCUGAAAGUCUCAAUCUGAAAAACUACCGAGUUUUUGAGAAUUAAGGGCUCCAAGCUGAAAAAUAACCCAUUUUUACGGAUUUUCAGAGCUUUCUUUGACUUUCAGGCAUCUUUUCUCAAAAUCUAGAUAAUUGGGAAGCUUGAUACUUUUUAUAUGUUCUUCUGGUACACUAAGGAGUGUUCUGGCCAACUUUUAAGAUUAACUUCUUCAGGAAUGGAUGACUUUUAAAGAUGAAUGUGGCAAAAUCAAGGAAAAAUCACGACUUUUUGGAGUGAAUUUAAUUUUUAGGGGUCGGGUUAUUCCAAAUGACAAUAUUUCAGAUCGCAAAAUUCAAUUUUACCCCUUCAAUGAGUUAUUGAAUAAGUUUUUCAGUACGGGUUCAAUGUUGGCUCUUUCUUUGGCCAAAGGCCUCUCGAUCCGGGACUGCUUCUUCCAGUAUUGGAACAUGAAAGCGCAGAUUUUCCUACGUGGCUCAACAUUCAACCGCCUCCUUGGAGAUCAGGUGAGCUUCGAAGGAAAAAGAGCCGCGAAAAUUGUUAGGAUGAAGUGCACUCCAUAGCUAAAUGUAUGAUUUUUUGAAGUUUUCUACACUUUUUGAAAUGAGAAACCAGCUUGGACCUGUACCAGGCUAACAGGACGUGUCUAGUGACCACUUUAGUAUCCUUAGCGCCCUUAAGUGAUCCCUAGAAAUACUGAAAAAUCUGGUUCGCUUCACCAAAAUCCAAGGACUGCUCCGGACUUUCCUGUGCAAUUUUAGUGACCACUUCAGUAUCCUUAGCGCCCUUAAGUGAUCCCUAGAGUUUUUGUAUCGCGCUUCCGGUUUGUGUUAUUAAGGCCCAAAAAUAUGAAGGAUUAUCAGUGGAGCGCACUUAAACGCGUUUGACGAGGAUAUUUAUUUCACAAACUUCAACUUUUCUGAGGCUUUUUUUUUGAAAAAAAUCCCUUAAAUGAUCCUUUUUUCAGGUCACUGUACAAACGAAGAACAUAAAUCGGGUCCUGGAAGGUUGCUUCCCGACGGAAACUUUCCAUAAAUGUCCAAGAAGGCUCACAGUUCCGGCCCUUGAUAUCAUGAGAGCCCCGGCCAAACUUCACGUUUUUAGGUUCGGAAACACCCAAAAUGUGUUGGAUAACCGAUCUUCUUUAGGAAUUAUUCAUUUACUCGUCCUUUCGGAGUUCAACUCGAUGAAGAACAGGAUAUGUUGUUCAGAGACGCCGCCAGGGCUAGCAGGUUUUUCUGGAGUUUGUGAAAAAAUAAAAAAUAUUUUUCAGCGCCGCGCCGACUUACUUCGAGCCGUUGAUCUACAAUGACAAAGUUUUUGUCGACGGCUCUUUUGUUGCCAAUUACCCGCUUAACGUGCUUUUCAAGGUGUGGCUUGGCUUUUUCGCCUCAAAUUUUGCUCAAAGGAGCAUAGGCAAGGAAUUAAAAAUGGUCUUGAAGCCAAGAGCAUUAUAAGUUUUUUAAUGACUUCUUAAGUCAUCAUGAAUGAACGGAUAGGCGUUGAAAUCCAAAUUUCGCAAGUGUUUCCUAUUUUUUCUUUGCCUUUCCACGAGUCUUUAAAGGAGCAUAGACAAGAAGAUUUCAAGGGUCUUGAAGCGGAAAGCGUAUUAAGCCUUUUAAACGUCAUCUAAGAUUUUAUGAAGGAACUUUAGGCAGAGAAAUUAAAAAAGUUUCUUAGUUUUCGAUCAUUUCUUCAUCUUACAUCGCCCAAGUCUUUAAAGGAGCAUAGGCUUGAAAUCUUUAAAAGUCCUGAAGUGAAGAACAUUUUGAGCUUUUCAAUGAACUUCUCAUUUAUUAUAAACGGUCUAAUAAACAGUGCAAUCAGCGAAUUUUUCAAAUUUUCUUCAUUUUACUUGACUUCUUCAGGGGUCUUAAAAGGAGCAUAGACAAGAAAAUUUCAAGGGUCUUGAAGCGAAGAGCAUUUUAAGUCUUCUAAACGCCCUCUAAGUUAUUGUAAAGGCAGCGAAAUUAGAAAAAUUUUUCUCUUUUUUGUUUCGCUUUUUCCGGGUCUUUAAAGGAGCAUAGGAAAGAAGUUUCUCAAGGUCUUGAAGCGAAGAGCAUUUAAAGUCUUUUAACGGCCUUUUAAAUCAUUAUAUUUCACUGAUAUCUAGAAAAAUUCGAAUUUUGUAAGAAUUUCCUCGUUUUACUUCCUUUGUUCACGAUAUUAGCACGUGAAGACGGUUUUCUAUCAAUUUCGUGAUAACGUGAAGAAGAGAGGGUCUCAGAGAUGAAAACAAAAGAACUCUCGAAUUGAGGAUAACAUAAAAGAUCAAAAGAUUUGAUGAGAGAGGAGAUUUUAUAGUCUGUUCAUCGCUGACUUGUCGCAUUUUAAAGGUGCUCUCCAAACUCAAUUCGAUAAAAAUUGGUUUUUUUUUCUGGUUUUCUGAUUGAAUUUAUUGAAGGACACUUACGGUACUAGGGUUUUCUUGAAACUUUCCUGAGAUGUAUGUAAAGUCUUCUGUUUUGGAAAAUAGAAGGUUGAAGCUUCAAAAAAACAGAGGGGGGUUACCGUUACUUUUAAAGUCGAAAAUAUCAUAAUUUUAGCGUCUUGAAGGUCCCAUAACUCGAUUCAGUGGUUAAAAAUGAGCAAGAUGGGCUCUCUUCUUCAAUAUUUUUUUGUGGGUUGUUGCCAAAAAAUCUUCUUAUUUUGUGUUGUCAAGUUUUUUGGAAGUCCCUUCUCUGAAAGACCCUAAUUUCAAGAGUACCCAUUCUCAAAAACUCGACUUGGGGUUGGAAGUUUAAAAAAUUCUGUUUUCGAUGCUCAAUACACAUUUUCAAAGUAGAAUCUUUGAAUUUUUUUUUGCCCAAAAUCUCUUUUUAGCUCUGCAUUUUGAACGUGCUGGAUGUCCUUUUCUUCAGAAGACCCUAUUUUUAGGAGUAUGACCUAUUCGUGAAGCACGGCAACGCCCUGCAACUGGCCUGCGUUCUGUCGAUCGGAACCGGCGAGCCGGAAUCUUCCGACAGAAAGUACAAACUGGGGAAGAGCAUCCGGACGAGGGCCAAGAACAUUGGCCAUCUCUCGACCCUGAUCCUCGAGCAGGUCUUUGACUUGUCAAUUAACUAAUCAACGAAGAUUAUCCUCCCAGGUCGUCGGGCAGGAUUUGACGGCCGUUGAGAUGGCCGAAGAUCGCUGCCACGCCCACAAUAUCCCGUUCGUCAGGAUCAGUCCCAAGGUACGUACAAAUCGGUCUUGAAAGGCUAGUAAAUAAUAAAUGGCGGUCAAAAAGUGAUUACUUUAGUGAUUUUUCAGUGAAAACUGUUCAUUUGAUACAAAAUUCGAUUAUUUUGAGUAUGGUAAAGGUUGUAAAAGGGUAUUGGAAGUAUUUUUUUUGAAAAAAAUUAAGAAAAAGUCAAAAUCAGUCCCAAGGUACAUACAAAUCCGUCUCGAAAGGCUAGUAAAUAAUAAAUGGCGGGUCCAAAAGUGGCUGCUUAAGGGAAUUCGAAGUUCCAAAUGUCUGCUUUAAGCCGGAAUUCGAUCAUUUUGAGUCUGGUAGAAUUUUAGGAAGGCAAUUUUAAUAUAUACUCCUUUUUUCGCGACUUGAAAUGGCUGUAUUUCUCUGCGCUCUCUUCGUCUCUCGGUGACCCUCUCGAGUUUCCGAGUUAUUUCCAUGUUUCUCUGACCUUGCCGGCGAGGGAACAGAGAGACGCAGACGCGCGAAAAGUGCCGGGCUAUAAAUGGGAGAAAAAAACUUAAUGUGAAUCACAAAUGUCCCGUUUCUCAGAUGAAUGAUCUAUAAAGUUCGAAAAAUGUUUUUUCCAAAAUAGAAAACCGCUCCGCGACCGCGACGCCUUGAGCCAUUCUCUGACUUAUUUUUUUCAGAAAAAUUUCCUUUUAAAUUUUCCGAAAAAGUCCCAUUUUUAUUAUAAAUUUGUAAUUAGAUGACUUAUCCAAAAAGAAGAAUAUUUUCCUAAUCGGGCAACCGCUCCGCGACCGCGACGCCUUGAGCCACUCUCUGACCUCCUUUCUGUAUUGAUUUUUGCAAAGAUCUAAGUUGAUUGAGAAGAAAAAAUUACUGUGAAUCACCGAAAAUUUCCUGUUUCUCUGAUGAAUUUGCAAUGAGACGAUUAAAAAAUAUGCAUUUUUCGAAAUGGGCAACAGGUCCCGCGACGCCUUGAGCCAUUCUCUGUCUUAUUUUUCAAACUGUCCUUUCUGUUUUGAUUUUCUGCAAGCAGCGAGCUUCACAUAAUCAUUCUUUGAAAUGACCAGUCACAAAUAGUUGAUAAACGGACUGUUUUCGACAUUUCGUUAUCAAUUGAUAAUCCGAGUGCACAUAAACGAGAGACAUGGCUUUUUCGAUAACAUGAUGUCGAUUUGAGAAGGAACUUUGAACAAAGGGAAAGUUGAUUUUCUGGCUUUUGAAACGGUUUUUGUUCAAAGUUGGGCUGAUGACGGCAUUGAAGGGAGGUGAUUGAGAUCUCAUUUUCAGGGAAUCAAUGUCCGGAUAGACCAGAUCGACGACUCGAAACUGAUGGACAUGAUCUGGACGACAUUGCUUUAUUUGGUGAUUUUUUUCUUUGAUAUCAAAAUUUUCGUUCUGUAUAAAGAGAGGUUACUGUAGAGAAAAAUGAAAGAGUCGAAUUUCUCAAAAAAUUUAUGUUUUGCGGUGCGAAAAAAAACUUUUCUUGAACCUUCUCGAGCGGUCAGAUCCUGAAUUCCUAUAGGAACCAUCAAAGCAUGAAAAAGUGGCCCCUAUAGGGGUUUUAGUUAGUGGCCCCUAUAGGGUACACUGCUUGCCGAUUAUUGUUACGAACUCUAAGAGGAAUUAUGAACUGUAUCUUGCUCAAGAAGCCUCCCAUGAACUUUAACAGAAGAGGCAUUUUCAUGCGAAAUUACUUGAGGGGUCAGAUCCUGAACCCCUAUAGAGACCAUUUCGACUGUAACCCUAUAGAGGGCGCUUUUCUGCCCCCUUCUGUUUUUCCCCUCAUCCCUUCAGCGACCACUUCGGCGUACCUCCGUGAAAUAAAUCGUCUUUUUUCAGGUUCGCAACGUGAGCGAAGUGGACCGCCUCGGGGAGGUUCUUUUCAAACUAUUUUCCGACCAAACCGAGAGAAAACGUCGUAGUAACACCGUUCUGUGA